GGGGCGGGGCCGGCCGUUGGUCGUGUUGCGCGGCGGGUGCAGCUCAGCGUGCGGCGGGGACACAAACAGCGCGGGCCGCGUGUGGCGGCGCGCGCGCGCGCGGGGGCAGCGGAGCCGCCCCGCCUCCCCGCGGCGUUCCGGCGGCGGCGGCUGGUGCAGGACAAUGGAAGAGGCGGUGGCAGUGGCGGCGGCGGCAGUGGCAGUGGCGGCGGCGGGGGGGCCCUGCCCGGCGGAGCGGGCGGCGGCGGCGCUGAGCGGGGAGAACGAGGCCGAGAGCCGGCAGGGCCCGGCGGAGCGCGGCGGCGAGGCGGCCGCGCUCAACCUGUUGGACACUUGCGGCGUGUGCGGCCAGCCCAUCCAGAGCCGGCGGCCCAAGCUGCUGCCCUGCCUCCACUCCGUCUGCCUCCGCUGCCUGCCGCAGCCCGACCGCUACCUCAUGCUGCCCCCCGCCAUCCCCCCCCCGGCCGCCGGAGCCCCCAAGGAGCCGCCGCCGCCGGUGCCCCCCUCCUCGCCGGGCUCCUCGCCGGCCUCGCCCCUGCACUGCACGCCCGUUGGUGUUAUCCGUUGUCCAAUCUGUGGACAGGAAUGUGCAGAGAGACACAUCAUAGAUAACUUUUUCGUGAAGGAUACGACAGAGGUUCCCAGUAGCACAGUAGAAAAAUCAAAUCAGGUUUGCACAAGCUGUGAAGACAAUGCAGAAGCUAAUGGUUUUUGUGUGGAAUGUGUAGAAUGGUUGUGCAAAACCUGCAUCAGAGCUCACCAGAGGGUAAAGUUCACAAAGGACCAUACUGUACGACAGAAAGAGGAAGUAUCUCCAGAGGCAGCUGGUGUGUCCAGUCAGCGACCUGUGUUUUGUCCUUACCACAAAAAGGAGCAGUUGAAGCUCUAUUGUGAAACCUGUGACAAGUUGACCUGCCGAGAUUGCCAGUUACUAGAACACAAAGAGCACAGGUACCAGUUUAUAGAAGAAGCUUUUCAGAACCAGAAAGUGAUCAUUGAGACACUGAUCACCAAAUUAAUGGAGAAGACUAAAUACAUAAAAUAUACAGGGAAGCAGAUUCAAAAUAGAAUCCUUGAAGUGAAUCAGAAUCAAAAGCAGGUGGAGCAGGAUAUUAAAGUUGCCAUAUUUACACUGAUGGUAGAAAUAAACAAAAAGGGAAAAGCUCUGCUGCAUCAGUUGGAGACUCUGGCGAAAGAGCAUCGGAUGAAACUUCUGCAGCAACAACAGGAAGUGGCAGGUCUCUCUAAACAGCUGGAACAUGUCAUGAAUUUUUCCAAAUGGGCAGUUUCCAGUGGAAGCAGCACAGCCCUGCUAUACAGCAAGCGCUUGAUUACAUAUCGUCUACGAUAUCUUCUCCGAGCAAGGUGUGAUGCUUCACCAGUGACUAACAAUACCAUCCAGUUUCACUGCGAUCCUAGCUUCUGGGCUCAAAAUAUUUUCAAUCUGGGUUCUCUAGUAAUUGAGGAUAAAGAAUCCCCGCCACAUAUGCCCAAGAGCCCUGUGAUGGAAACAAACUUACAGCCACCAAGCAGCUUACCGUCAAACCAGCUGUCGAAGUUUCCAACACAGAUAAGCUUAGCUCAGCUCCGACUGCAGCACAUGCAGCAACAGGUCAUGGCUCAGAGACAGCAAGCUCAGCGCAGAGCAGGUCCAGUAGGUUUAUCAAAUCCAAGAAUGCCAGGAACCCUGCAGCAACCUCCUACUUCUCAUCAGCCACCUCCACGCUUAAUUCAUUUUCAGAAUCAUAGCCCCAAGUCCAAUGGGUCACCUCUUCCUGCACAGCAGAUAAGAUUUCCCUCAAAUCAGAACAUACCAAGGCAAGCCAUAAAGCCCAACCCAUUGCAGAUGGCAUUCUUGGCACAGCAAGCUAUAAAACAGUGGCAGAUUGGCAGUGGACAAACUUCAACUGCCCCUUCAACUGCAAGCAGCACAUCAUCUACUCCUUCCAGCCCCACAGUCACUAGUGCUGUGGGAUGUGAUGGGAAGACAUAUGCUCCUCCUGUGAUAGAUCUGAGUUCUCCAGUGGGUAGCUCCUACAAUCUACCUUCUCUUCCUGAUAUUGACUGUUCAGGAAACAUCACACUGGAUAACAUUGUAAGGAAGGAUGGUGCUGCAGAGCAGAAUCAGCCAAAACCCCCUUCAAACAGAACUGUCCAGUCACCAAAUUCAUCAGUGCCAUCACCAGGCCUCUCAGGAGGAGCGAGUGUGACAAACAUACACCCUCCAAUUCGUUCACCCAGUGCCUCCAGUGUUGGAAGCAGAGAGAGUUCUGGCUCCUCCAGCAAGCCACCAGGAGCUGAUUCUACACACAGAGUCCCAGUUGUUAUGUUGGAGCCGAUCAGAAUUAAACAGGAGUCUAGUGCACCAAAUGAGAACUUUGAUUUCCCAAUUGUUAUAGUGAAGCAAGAAACAGAUGAAGAAUCGCGGCCUCAGAAUACGACCUUUUCAAGAAGCAUACUUACUUCACUGCUGUUAGAUAGCAAUCAUAAUUCCACUUCUGAUGAAGCUGUAUUAAGAACAGAUGCACCAGACAGCACAGAUGAUCAACCAAGGAUACUACAGGAGACUACGUCCAGCGGGAAGACAGGAUGGUUAGGCCCCUCUUACAUAGGGGAAGGCAGAAAAGAGGAUGAUCCCAAUGAAGACUGGUGUGCAGUAUGUCAAAAUGGAGGGGAGCUCCUUUGUUGUGAGAAAUGUCCUAAAGUAUUCCACCUUUCUUGCCAUGUCCCUACACUGAUGAACUUUCCAAGUGGAGAGUGGAUUUGUACAUUCUGUCGGGAUUUGUCCAAGCCAGAAGUUGAAUAUGAUUGUGAUAACCCCACUCACAGCUCUGAAAAAAGAAAAUUGGAAGGCGCUGUGGGCUUGGCACCAAUAGAUCGUAGGAAGUGUGAAAGGCUGCUGCUGUACCUCUACUGUCAUGAAAUGAGUCUUGCUUUUCAAGAUCCAGUUCCUCCCACAGUUCCUGAUUACUACAAAAUAAUCAAGAAGCCUAUGGACUUGUCAACCAUCAAGAAAAGGCUUCAAGUGACGAAUUCAUUCUACGCAAAGCCAGAAGAUUUUGUGGCUGAUUUCAGACUGAUUUUCCAAAACUGUGCUGAAUUUAAUGAGCCUGAUUCAGAAGUGGCUGAUGCUGGCAUGAAGCUUGAAGCAUACUUUGAAGAACUUCUGAAGAGCCUUUAUCCUGAGAGAAAGUUCCCUGUACAACCAAACUGCCAGAGUGAAAAAGAUAAUCCAGAACUUACCGAUGACUCAGAUGAUGAUUUUGUACAGCCCCGGAAAAAACGCCUUAAAGGAGAAGACCGUCAGUUGCUUAAAUAAGUCGCAUGUAUUGCUAUGGAAUGUUUUUUAAAAACUAUGAAUAUUUAUCACUGUUAAUUGUCAAAAGGGGAAAAAUCAUGACUGCUUUGACCUGUAGAUUUGUGGAUGUUUACUAGACUUUCUACCCCUCCUGUGAAACACAAAUCUAAUGGCGAUCAAGGCAUGUGGAAAGCUGUUUCUCUGAAGUUCCAAACUUUCAUCCUACUUCUGGAACAGUAUGGAAAUUGCUAUAUGAGUGGGAUGACAGCUGCUUAAAUUUGCUUUGAGGAAGAAAAGAAGUUUGUAUAGACUUGAAGUUUAAAACAUUACAUGGGUUCAACAUGUGGCUUUCUGAGUUUGAAGAAAAUGUGAUUUCACCAGACAUUUAAUUUUACCAAAGGCAUGUGGCUGGCCAUAAUUUGAUUUCCCUGUACUGUAUUUUAACACAAGCCAUGAAACAGAUGGUGUAAUACUGUUGUCCUACGAUACUGACUGGUACAAUGAAGGUGUAGUUGCUCCCAGAGAAGGUAUCGGUAAUUUUAAAAUGUAAGGGAGAGUGUAUUAAAAAUAAUUUUAAAAAAAUAGGGGGUGGAAUUUGUUUGAGAGUUUUAAUGGAAACAAGAAAAGACAAAAUGCUUUGUUUUGCACCAUCUUUCUCACCACCAGCAAGAAGCAAUGAUAUUCCUGUACUAUAUUGUUUAACAGGUAUUUCACAGGUUUGAUGUACCUAUAUUUAAUGGAGGUCAUGGCAAAAUUGCAAUGAAAAAAUGAUUACUUGCA